CCCACCCCAACAAAUUUUAGAGAGAGAAAGAAGAUGCCUCUGUUGUUAAUGUUCACAUUAUUUUAAAAGGGAAACGUAGCGCCAGCUAUGCCUAACAAACGCAGGGAGCUCUUCUCCCUCCCCUCUCCUUUUUCCUGUUGAAAUAAAAGGAGGGAAAGCGAGAGGGCGACGGAGUGACAGAGGAUCGAUACCACGUUGACAACGAAGGGUGGGAGUGGGAGGACCAAUCUAGAGAGAGAAAGAGGGAAGCAAGCCAUACGUCGUCUUCAAGUACCCUCACACCAUUAAAUGACCUUCCUUUUGACGACGCCCUGCAUCGGUAGUCAGCAUCUGUGUGGGUUGGAGCUGUGAAUUCCCUGGAGUCUCUCCCUCCUUCCCCACCACCACCAAUUUUCCUCUCCUUCUCUCUUUCCCUCCAUUUUUAUCUUCUCCAUUCCUCCUUUUUUGAACCCUCUUGCUUGAGAUACACUCAGCUCAGUUACACCUGAUAACAACAGGCAACUCCUCUCUCUAUCUAUGGCCCUCCCUCGGGCCGCCUUUGUCCAUUUCUCGAGUUGCGCCUUCCUUCUCGUCUCCCUUUUCGCCCACUCCCUCGCAUCAAACGAAGCCUUCCCACCGUCAUCAAAUACCGAUAGAAGAAGAGCCCUCUUCGCUCGAGAAAGACUCCCCAUCAUCCUCGGCCUAAUCUUCGGCUCCGUCUUCGUCGCCCUCACCGUCCUCAUGGCCGUCUGCUUCAUGCGCCUCAGGCGGAAGAAACCAGGGAACGGAAAGGACGCAGGGGACGAAGAGAAGGAGACCACGAAGAAUGGGAAGACGGUGGGUUCCGAGGAGAGCGUCGUUGUCGUCGUCGUUCCUGCGAAAUCGGGUUCGGAGGUGAAGAGAAUGAGCUGGGCAGAAGUGCGGAGGAUCACGGACGGAUUCGCGUCGGCGGUAGGAGAGGGAGGGUUCAGCACCGUCUACCGCGCCCGCCUCGGCGGCUCCGGCCUCGGCGCGGCGAAGGUCAUCAGAAGCAGCGAGCGGCUCAACAGAGAGUUCCGGCAGGAGCUGGACGUUCUCUUGCAGGUCCGCCACGACAACAUUGUCAAGUUAUUGGGUUACUGCGACGAAACAGAGGAAGGAGUGCUGCUGUUCGAGUUGGCGGCCAACGGAAACUUGCACGAGAGGCUACACGGGAAGAAGGAAGGCGAGGUGCUGACGUGGCAGCAGAGGAAGUCGAUCGCCGUCGGAGUGGCGCGGGCGAUCGAGCACCUCCACGACGGCUGCGACUCCCCCGUCGUCCACUGCGACAUCAAGUCGUCCAACGUUCUACUGGACGAGCGGCUCGCGCCCAAGCUCUGCGACUUCGGCUCCGCCAGGGUCGGUUUCUCCUCCACCGUGCUGCGGCCGACCGCCUCGCCGGUCAUGGGAUCGCCCGGCUACGUCGACCCCUACUAUCUCCGAACGGGGCUCGCGUCCAAGAAGACCGACAUCUACAGCUUCGGCGUGCUCCUCCUCGAGAUCGUCACCGGGAUCGAGCCCUUCUGCUCCGAGACGGAGCGGCUGCUCACCCGGGUUGUCGCUGACGUCGUCAGGGACCCAGCCAGGGCCCCGGAGAUCGUUGACCCGCAGCUCACAGGGAGAUUCGACCCGGAGGAGGCCCGGGCGGUCGUGUCGGUGGCCGCCUCGUGCCUGAGGGACCAACCCGCAUUGAGGCCGUCCAUGGCGGAAGUCGCGGCACUGCUCGCCGACAAGGCCACCGCCGCCUUCUCCGUCGCCGGGAAACUGUGUGGGCCGUCGGUGAAGGGGGAAGGCAUGGAGCGGUGACGCAAGGAAGGAGCGCCCUGCCCUAGGCGCUUUUUUCGAAAUGACUGUAAUGUCCUUGUUCAGUGGUCAGUUGACGGGAACGUCCCUGCGUGGUGUACAGUUGGUGGAAGGGUGGGGACGUUUUUUGUCGGCUGCGUGACGAUACGAGGGCAAUUUGGGCAGUUUGUGAUUAUGGGGAAAGGAAUUUUCAGUCUGUUGUGAAACGUUGUCCCUUUUUCGUUCUGAGGUGGUAUGGUAGGGGGCUCUUCUGAAGUGCGGUUAAUUUUUAAUUUUUUUUUUUUUUUUUUUGGCACUCGUGAAUUUUUUUCAUUGGAACCAAUCUUUUAGGCCUAAUUGCAGGAACGAGCUUCGUUUCGCUAAAUAA